AUGUGCAAGAGCGGACCGAGGUUUCGAAUGUAUCAGAAGCUUAAGGUCAAAGAAUCAAUUCUCUUUUAUGACCCACCGCUCGAAUACAAUCAAGACGGCACCGACAAAGAUCCGUCCAAAAUCAUCAACAACCCUGGAAGCCUCACACAGAUUGAUAACGACGAACAACGAAAAUUGUGUACGGAUCCACUGACGCGGCCACUCCAACCGUGCGAUAAAUGUGCAACAUUCCCGCUUCCAGGAGUAUCCUGUGACGGAAGAAUCACCAAAAGAUACCACAGGCGCACGCAAGGGAAGAGAACUCACGAUCCUGUAGCGCCGCAUAGUAACCACACCUCAGCGUCAAAUACUACGAGUACUCCUCCCAAAGGUACCACCAACACAAACGGAACCUCAUCCUGGAAAUUCGAAGGCAUCCUCAUCAUUAGCAGUAUCCGAGUGCACAGCGCCUCAAAGCUCUGCGCUAGCGUCAACUCCUACGGCCCAAGCUUCAUUGCGAUCUCAGAAGGCAAGUUCUGCGAUAUGAAGCAUAAGCAGCUGUGGGACCUUUGCUCUUCUCAGAAGUCGACUUGCUGCUUUGACGUUGACUGGAAGCUGUUGCGGCCAUGUGCUGGACACAAGAUUGACGCGCGUAGCGUGACGAAGUAUAAGAAGGUGCAGUAUUGGUGA